CUGGUGUGAGCGGACAUUAGGAAGAGGCAGACCAUCCAUUCAUCCAUCCAUUCAUCCGGCUAGCACCACAAAACGGAGAGGAGGCUCACCAUCUCCUCCCUCCGUCCACCACCCACACAUUACAAGAGCGACAGAUGCUAACACCACCGCGCAGUCUGACACACACAUGGAAAAACAAACAGCACCGAGCAGGUCAUGAGCGCAUGCAUCAUCGGAUGGUGUCGUGGUGUUUGGUGCAUACCUCGGCUGUCUAUUGGCCGAAGACCAUGGCUGAGAUGAUGUCCCCCAGCACCACACGCGCCAGCUGAGUGGUCUGCGGGAAGCGGUCCUUGAAGGCGCCACCCACACCAGACACAGCCGACUCGGUCGUCCUGACGAACACACGCACUGCAAAUGGAUGACAAGAGAGGACAGAGAUGAGAGUGAGUGCUGUAUGUGUGGUGUAUAGGCUUGUAAGCCCUGCCCCUCGCUGUGUCAUGCUGGGCGCACCAUUAUUGUGAUAGACCAGAUCCUUGACGGUGAUCCACGCGACGAAGGGGUGGCUGGCGUCGGUGAACACGAAAUGACGACAAGUGCCAGUGCCACUGAAGCGGUCUGAUGCGGUUGUGGUGCAUCCCGCCACUGGUGUGUGGGGUGACUGUGUCAGCAGAGUGUCCAGCCGGUUGUUGGCAACACGCCUGACACCCACAACCCCCCCCCCCCACACACACUCAUAACACACUUUCCUGUGUCGUGGCAACGCCCGCAUAGAGUGAUGCCCUGCCUGACCUGUCGAUGAGGAUGUUCGGUCUGUUGAUCUGGUGAAUCGUCGCGAAGUGGUCGAUGACGAUCCUCUUGACACACGACGACACUGACGAGUAGACCCAAUCAAAGCGCAACGGCCGCCAGCCCUCGGGCGACAACGGCCGAUAGUCGAUCCUGCUGCGGACGGGCGGGUCGUGCGGCUGUCGGUGUUGCUGAUAGGGGUGGUUGGGAGGGAGGGGCGGGUCGAUGUCGAUCUCGAAGCCGUCCUGGUCCUUGAUGGCCAUCAGUGUGUUGUCGUGCUGGAACAGCUGGAAGGUCACGCCGUCGCCGAAGUCGAUGUGGGGGCCGACCAUCUUGAGCUGAGCCAACACACGGGGAGCGGCCAAAUACGCCUGCACACACAACACAUCAACACACCACACACCGAUUGACAGCCAUCCCUUCUCCCUCCCUCCCUCCCUCCCUCCCUCGGUUGGCUUACCGUCUUGUUUGGGUAUUGGUGCAAAUCAGCGGCCGUGAGCCUCACAGGCAGCUGGCAGUUGCCGCACUGCGCCGCCAGCUCGACCGCCUCGCAGAUCUCACUCCAGCCGCCCGCCUCCGUGACACACAGUGCCGCCAGCAGGUCACCCUUGCCCAUCUGCUGGUCGUCGAAUGUCAGCAGCUGCUGUUCGUUGGCCGUCCGCCGCAGCCCCGCCUGUGUGCCGAGCUCAUGGCUGAGCCGCUGCCGCAGCUGAGGCGCUCCGAAGAGGCCUCUUGCCCUACUGCAGGUCUCCCUCAGACGCAGCACAUCCCGCAGCAGAAAAUCGCUGCCGCGGUGGGCGCAGACGUACCACACGGGGUGCUGCUGCUGCUGCUGCUGGUUGGAGUGCUGCAUGGGGGCCGUCAGAUCUGCCGACAGUGAGAUGGCACCUCCCUGUUGCUGCUGUGACUCUGCCGCAGCACCACCCGCACCAACCGAGCCACCUGAAGGCACCACACAGCACAGGAGGGUCAUGACGAUGUGCAGUCCACCAACAGCAGGGGAUGCUUUGCGUACCUCCGCUAUGUCCACCAGCAGCAGCAGCAGUAUGGCUGAUGUCUACGCGUCUACGCUUCUUGGCGCCGCCGUCAUCAUCAGGCACCUGACCAGCGACACACAUCAAUGAGUUUGUGUGUCUGUGUGGUUGUGGACUCGUCCGCACCGCUUCGCUAUGCUGUUUGUUGCUGUCGGUCUCUUCUUGGCGCCCGCCUCUCGAGGGAGCCGGGGCGUCGUGGCUACUGUCCAUCUGACGAACACGGUCAACCUCCUGCACCAAGGAAGCAGCCACACAGCGAGAUGGGAUGCAGUCAUCAGUGUGCCUGUACUCUCAGUCUGCCCACUCACUGCUCAGUGUGUGAGUUUUGGCGUCAGCUUCUGGGCUGAAUCUGACACCAGCCAUCAAGAAGCAGCCCGACUGGUCACUGCUGCCCGCCGCACAGGUACAGAACCUCUCACUCAGCCCGUCAGAUCUGACAGCCCACACACCGCACAGCCACGCAGGGAGGGAAGGGAAUGCGUUGCCUGUCGUUUCCAUCUGUCAUGGAUCAUCUGUCUGUCUGCCUGUUUGUGUGGUUUCGACCUCGCUGGUUGAAUCAGCACUGUGAAGCAGCGGCUCACGAAGCAGCGGGAGGUCUCGUGGUCUUACCGAUGAUGAUGCGAGAGGUCGACCAUCAAACCGAACCGUUUGUGCGACCUGCCAAUCGAUAUCGCGAGCAUUUGGGGAAUUGGCCAGGAAAAAUUUGCGUUUUGCACGACUGAGCCUACGUGCAGCAUUCGCACGUGCUACCAGCAUGGGAUUGCCGCCUGGGAAGGAACUCCUCGGGCCUCGGCGUGGCAUAUGUAUCGGGCCUGGCAGCAGGAUGACGCCACCAGAGAGCUCUCGACUCAUCGCUGGUGCCUUCGAGUUCCUCGAACCUAUGUUGCUCAGCCGGUCGUGCGAUGCUGCAGCAGCAGCAGCCGACGCUACAUGACAACUGCUACAUGGCCUGCACCUUGCGAAAUACGGAGGAAUCCACCCUUUGCUCACAUGGUCCGUUUUGAGCGAAAGAAUAGGGUACGCUGAAAGCCAGAUCCAGGAGCCGUGCU